GCCCUAUUUUUAGAAUAAAGGAGAUAACCUGAGAAAUUAGAGGCCGGCAAUUCCCGGUAAGUAUCCGGCGACGGAGAGGAACUGCGGCAACUAAGCAUCUACCUGAUGGAGAGUGGCUCAGGCUCUCCGCCACCCACAGUCGUUUCAUCCCCAAACAAGCGCCUCAAAACCCUGAUUUCCAGUUCGACGGGCAUCGAAGACAUCGGCGAGGCAGUAUCCGGAUCAGAAACCAAAGGGAAGCAACCUAUGCCGACGGAUGGUGGCGAUUCUUCUAUAUGCUGUGGAAUCUGCUGGUCCGACGGCGGGAAAGCAAUCAGAGGCUUCAUCGACAGCUGUGAUCACUACUUCUGCUUCGUUUGCAUCAUGGAGUGGGCGAAGAUCGAGUCUCGUUGCCCUAUGUGCAAGCGCAGGUUCACCGCCAUUCGCAGACCUUCCAAAGCUGGCGUUUUCCGUACCGAGCGCGUCGUUCCUGUCCCCGAGCGCAAUCAGUAUGGCGUCGUCGCGGGGGAUCGGCCUUUUGAUCCUUUUGCUCACGUUGAAUGCGCUGUAUGCCAUGGUACACACGAGGAGAAUUUAUUACUGCUUUGCGAUCUUUGUGAUUCUGCGUCUCACACCUUCUGCGUAGGCCUCGGUGCCACUGUGCCCGAGGGAGAUUGGUUUUGCCAUGAUUGUUCUGUUUCUAGGACUGAACAUGAUAGCAUUCAACCAGAUAAUGAUGAUGAUGUUUGUGGCAGUAGAGAUUUGGAAGGAAAGCUAGAUGGCGAAUCUAGCGUUUCGAGGGACAAGCAGCCUACUGACGAGGACAAUGAUGCAGGUGAAACCUCUAGUGGGAGGGAGACAGAAGAAGCAAGUGUUUCUAUUCGUGAUCUAGUACACGAGCAAGAUUGGUGUAUGCCUAGUAGGUGGCGGAAGCGGAGAGUGCAAGAAGUUACUAGACCAGGUAAAAGAAGUGCCACCCAUACUGAGCUAGAUGAAAGUACGUUAGGAAACCGGAAUGUGGCAGAUAAUGCAGCUGCUGAAAAUGGGGCUAGAACGCUGACAGGAUGUCGUAAUGUGCACACUUACAUACGCUCAAUCCGUGAGAAUUGGGAUGGGUUGCGAAGUGGGUCCUUGAGAUUCCGUUCAAAUGAAUCGAUUAAUAGCAGUAGCAAUGCAGGACAAAGUUCAGCUGCUGUUUUGCCUAAGCAAAAUUGCUUGCCUACGUCGAAUGCCCAGCAACUUGGGGUUACGAACGAUUCUCCUGGCACUGCUAGUGCUAGUCAAGAAACACGAUCUGAUGACAUAGAUAAAGCUUGGAAAAUGAUGCUUCAGGCAAAAUCUGUACAAUUGGCAUGUCAAAGAGGCACGAAAAGUAUGCAGCAGGUAUCUAAAUGUCCUUCAGUCAGGGUGAGUACUUCAAAAGAAGCUGAUAAUAGAAGCUUGAGAUUGCAUUCCUCAAAAACCCAUCAACUUGGGACUAAGGAGUGCCGAGGUGCCACUCCUGGAACACAUGAGCUUUAUUCCCGGGGAAAAACCGAGAAGCAGGUACCCUCAUUCUGUACACAAAAGGCUCACUCCAAAAUGCAAAAGGAUGUAAAAGUAACCACGAAAGAUAGUGCGGGGCCUAGCUGCAGACUCUCAGUGGCAUCUUCCUCUGCUGGUUCAAAUGUUGUUCAUGAGAACAGACAUAAUGAGUUGUCCCGGAAACUAGUUGGAAGUGGUUCCAAGAGUCGCGUGGAUGAGAAGAAUGGAGCAUCCUGUUUGUCAACUGCAGUAUUACCAGGGUCUUUGCAAACCUCUGCAUUAACCCCCACAAAGGCAGGUGUCGUUAAUGGGAAUGUUGCAUCCCGUAAGGCUGUUGCUGUUGGUGACAGAGGGCAGGAUGAUGAGGCAAAAACAGAGAUCCAGUCACUUGUGAAGCUCAACUUAAAGCUUUUGAGAGGUGGCAAACAUUUAGGGGUAAAGAGAUUCAAGGAAGUAGCAAGGGUCUCCACGCAUACAAUUUUAGCAGCAUGUGGCUUGGAUCAUUCAAGAAGAGCCGUGCGUUCAAUCCCUAGCCCUGUGUGCAAUCACACUGAGGAGAUCGCAAAAUGUAGUAACGGUAUUGCUAUUUUGAUUCCAAGCUGUUGCAGAGAUUGCUUUCUCGGCUUUGUAAAGGAAGUUGUCGAGUUGAUUUUGUCGGAGAAAAGUGCAUGAUGAUUAAGAAUCCAUACCCGUAUAUAAUCAAAAUGGGAGUAUUUAAUCAACUUCUUUCAAGUGCUUCUGGGCCGCUACACAGAGGUAUGGUUCCCCACUAUUGCCUUCGAGCCCUGGUAGCAUCACUACCGAUUGCAUUUCUAUCUUUUGGGUUUUCAUAUUGGAAAUGUCAUGAGUUGUAUUUUUUCCCUUCAUGUUAGGUAACUUUUCACGACGGCGAGCUUGUGGAGGAAUUGAAAGCCUCUAACGAGUUCAAGAGCAUCAAUCCAAUCAAUAAAAAAUGUCCUGUUCCCUUACCUGAAGACUCCAUGACUGGUGAUCAAGGUAUGUUGUCAUUCACGUGGAGAAUGAAAAACAAUUUGUGAACACCAAUUCUAGUGCCAGAGGGUACUAUUGUAUUCGUGCUCGAGUCCGAGGAUACAAAAAUACAUUUUGAAGCAGUUGGUGUAAUCGGAAAUCUUGUGCAUUCAUCUCCAAAUAUUAUGCGAAAGUUUCUUCUUGCUGAAGCUGUGCAAUCUGUUUAAUCUACUCAGAUCCACUUGUCCCGAGAGCCAAUGAGGAGCAGCCUUGAAACCGGGUCAAUUUGCUACUGCAGAUUCUGAUUAUCGUUCGCCAUUGAUGGGUAUGCUCUCAGGCUUCAGAUGUGCAACUGAGGUUGGCACAGGAAAUUCACAAUCAAGUUGGUAUUGUAUAUCUCUGGGUGGCCUGUAUAUUAUCGAAAAUACUGUUCCGUCAUCUACAAUCAAAAGGUUCGAUAUAAGUUGUAGUGUUCGGUACUGACGGGAACUCGGGAGGGAAUAUUGAUUUUACAAUUUACAGUGUUGUUCAUCUAUGCUCAUGUUUCUGUAUUCUUCAAUCAUUUUGUCAUUCUGUUAUGGGGGUGUUGUCGCAAGUCAGGCUAUGGUUGUCGUCUCUCCUGCGAAACUCGCUUCAUCGAUGUGUGCGUCUUGUAUAACAUGCAUUUGCAGAUGACAGAACGGAACACUAUUUAAGACUUUCGUGUUAGCCUGAUAUGAUAGAGCUCGUCUAUGUUGCAGUUCUGCUUAGAAAACGUAUUGCAGAAGAGAGACUGUUAAAAACCACAACCCGACCCGACCCACCCCUAGAAAUUGUAUUGCGGAAGAGAGACUGGUGAAAAGUGAAAACGGCAAGCAAGACUAAACGAAACGCAAACGA